UUAUUAUUCUGUCACACGCGUAAAGAAAACUUUCGAUAUUGCUCGAUGUUGGAAAAACAUGUAAUUAAUACAAUCGUGUCGCAUAUAACUUUUUUUUUUUAGGCUAAUCCACCAAGUUCCAAUUUAAUAAAAUAGCAUUAGCUUAUACAGUGUUAAAAGGAAAUCUAAUAUCUUCUCGUAAUUAUCUAUUAUCUAUUUCGUGAUAUGGCGCGCGAUAACGAGACAAAUACACUCGAGUUGCAUGUAAAAAUAAAUAGGCAAAAUUUAUCAGCGAUCUCGGAAAAGUGUAAUAUCAGCACAUUACGGAUUCCUUCUGAUCCAUCUUGGCCUAAAAUACCUCUACGUCGCUCAAACAAUAAUACUGACGAUAUUAUUGAACCUCCGUGUGUGGUCACUUUGACAGGAACUCCUAGAAAAGGAUGCAGUACAAUGCAAACUGUGACACGUCUACACCUCAAAUCAAGAUCGAGUCAAGAAUAUGAAGCAAUCACACAUAUACCGAAAAGAUUGCCUGGUUGUUUUGAUCCACGUUUUAGAAGACAAAUAUCACGACAAAAGGCUGAGAAACCAGAUGAAUCCUACAACAGAAAAAAUGACAAACAAACAUUAGAAUUAGAUACAUGUAUUCCACAAGAAAGUAAAAAACUUGAAGAUAAAUCACGGGAAACGAGUGAAUAUAUGAAUGAUUACGUAUUACCGUAUCACGAUGUAGAUAAUUUAUUAGAAAAUGUUACAAAAUCAGCAAAGGAAAUGGACAAUUGUUCCAAGGAGGUUAAUGAGCCAUUAUUUUUAAUGGUUGACGAGAAGAAGAUACAUGCACUGCCUAUCAGCACUCUUAAUAUAGAAGCCGAUUCUUCUUCGCCUAAGCAGUCACUGCAGUGUUACAGCGUUCAAAUUCCUGUAAUUGCCUAUCACAAUGUACCUUUGCAAUUAUCAGAUAAUCUUAAGCAAAUAGGAAAGGAUAUUAAGAUACUGUCCGCAUAUCAAAAUAACAAUGUAAAAGAUCGAGAAGCUGUCGGGAAUAUCUGUACAAGAUCGACAUUAACCAAUUUGAUGCACAGCUCCAAGAAGUCUGGGAAUCAAAGAUAUCUAUUUGAUAAUGUCGAGCAAUGUGAUGCAAAGAACAGCGACGAUAUCUGUCAUAUCUCGGAAAAGAAAAGUAUUUCCAUGAAUUGCGACGGACGCCCUUUCGGUCGAAUACUCGCGAAGGAAAAUACUGAUUCGAAUGUCGAAUCAUCGAAUCAAGAUAUUAGAAACGAGACUACAUCCAGAACAGAUCGUAAUGGAGACAAUGAUACGAUAGAUGAAUUGCAUCAAGCAAGUAAUGUAAGAAAUGGCGAAAAGUUCGUGAGUCUCAUCGACCAAAGGUGCGAUACAAAUUCUUGUACCGCGAACAAAUGCAACGAAAGAAAUAAAAUUCGAGAUAAGGAAUCUAGAAAAAGUAACGAAGAGGAAAAACGAAUAAAUAUGAAGGAAAAACGCGGGCAGCUGCGUGUUAACGUGAAACAUAAAGCAGCAUCGAUGAAUCUGUCGAGAAAAGCAAAGUCAUUCUUUCGGAAGAAAUCUCGUUUGGCAAUUACAGAUUCAGAUUGUACUUUAAUAUUACCUGGUCCUCAUGGCAUUAAUGGUAAACGUUAUGAAAAGAUCCGUGGCCGCUCCAAAAUAAAUCAGUCAUCGAAUCGGUUAGAUCAAAGAAACAGAAUGAUUAGCACGAAUUCUAUAUUAGAAUCAAAUGCAAAAUCGAAGCAAAGUCGAAUAAACUCCCGUUCGUUGACGAACUUACGGGCGAAAAACUUGGUUAAGAAACCAUUGUCCGUACCUCUGGAAACUCGAGAGUUGUUAAACAAAAGUUAUUGGGAGUAUUAUUGGAAACUCAAACACAGGAUCGCAUCGGCCAAGCCAGAUAAUGCGGAAGAAAGAGAUAAAUGCUCAAACGAGCCACAAGAUGAUCAUUUACUUGAAUCUCAAACGUUACAACAAUGCUCCAUACUCUCUUGCAUGAUCAAUACGGCACUUCGAAAUUCAGCAGUUGUCCAAGAUAAAAAGUCAUUUUCAUAUCCGGCUGUGAACGUAAUGUGCUAUUCCAAUGCAUGCGAAAACAUUUAUGAAACUUCUAGAUUAUCUUCCGCAAUUGUGAAAAGAAUUAAUCGAAAGAAAAUGAACCGAACAAACAAACGGUUGUUCAGACUCGAAAUCAUGGCGUUGCUGUGUAUCGCAAUAUACGUUGCGAUCAUAUUUUUGCCAGUGAUGUAUGAUUAUUUCUUCAACGAUGAAGACGAGAACGUGAGUUACAUUGAAUUAACGUUUCGAUACGUCGCAUCGUCAUUCGGAGAAGCUGUAGAUGGAAUUAUCAAUGUCCUGACCACUACCUUUUUACAAUCAGUAAGAUCCGGCCGAAAGCAGUAA